AUGGGGCCAAUCAAGAGCAUUUGGAUGGCCAAAAGGCCGCCCGGAUUCGCAUUCGUCACUUUCAAACGAUCUGUUCAUGCCUACGACGCCGUCAAGUAUCUCAAUGGAACGUGGGUGUUCUUAGAUAGAAAAAAACGGCAAAAAGGAGACAGUUUGUAGGAAAAUUUGUGAUUUGAAGGCUAUAGUAGAGAUGUGUGAGGUGGACUUCAAAAAGGAUUUGAAGAGGAGAACUAUGGAGAAAAUGGCGACGUGA